AUGACUGACCUUCAAUCCCUCCCAUCGGAGGUUCUGCUCCUGACUUUCGAAAGCUGCGAUAGUCUCUCCCAAGCAAUCGCCCUCUCUCUAACCUCCAAGCGACUCUACUCGAUCUUCUCGUCCCUUGUACAUUCCAUUGGAACUGAUGUUGGUCGACGGGAUAUCCUCGCUUUCGACGAUGCUGUGAUCGCCGCACGCGCAACUCGUUUAGUCCUCGAGCGUUUCCAUGAGGGCCGGCUUCCUCCAGACCCAUUUCCUUUGGAGUCAUUGGGUUUAAAAGCAAAAAAGUCGUCUUUGAAACACGUGGGACUGGUCCUCAACUGGGCACAUCUGGUCAACUGUAUUGAAGAUACCUAUCUCGUCAACACUAACUGGGGUGCGGACGUUUGGCUACGCUUGAGCGAACUUGGUUCUACCGCCGCACACGACUGGAGGGAAAGGUUUCAUCGGUCCAUGUAUCCUGUUUUCCUGACCGGCGCGGUCUCGUGUCGAAUAUAUCAGGAACCCCUAUUUCUAGACGCUCCCUAUGGUUUCCUUGAGCAAGGUGGUCAUCGACCCCUCACGUACGAUGAUAUAGAACGUAUGCUCAGAUGGUAUGUGUUCAACUUUGAGUCCUAUGAGCAUCACGAACCCCUAUACAGCCACCUAGCCGAUUAUUUUGUUCAACAGAGUCAAGAUCGCGCGCAGCGUGAAACACCGCCGGACGUGUACCCCGAGGGAGCGAUCCCUUAUGAGCUUAGCAGAGACCAUGCCAAUACUCUCUAUGCAGAUAUCUUGCAAUGUGUAUUUGCUUACAUGCUCCUGUCUGAUACCUGGAAUGAAAUCGUAUUGUUUUAG